AUGGCUGUCAGGGAACAAGGAGGUGGCCGAGGCCGGCUGAAGAGGGGGGAUACUAAGGACGGAGGCGAUGCUCAUGAUGCAGGAUCCGUAGCGGUGCCUGCGACAGACAUUGACGUCGUGUCUGCUGCCGCUGACUAUAAAGGCGAAGCUGUCUGCAAUUGCGAGGACGCAUCUCACGCACAGGAGCGGUCCGCCCGCCGGCACCGCCUCCGUCCAAGUCCUUCCUCCACCUUCCUGCCCGAAUUCUUGGGGAAUGUGCGUUUAUUAGCGAAAGCCGGCGUCAGCACAAGGCGUAAUUGGUGCAGCGUACACAGUAGAACCAGUAGCGACGUAGAGGCCGUACUGUAG